GUUUACAACAUAUAAGAAGCCUUGGUAGAGCCCAUUUUCAGACAUAGUAAUUCUUCCAAGACUUAUGAUGGAUGACCACACUUGUAAUAUGAAUAAUGAGUCGAUGAACUCAGAGGUUUUGCUAGUGGAACCAUUCUAUGGUGGUUCACAUAAACAACUAAUGGAUUUGCUGAACAGUGAGAUUGAAAAGACUGAAUUAUACACUAUGUCACCCAAGAAAUGGCAUUGGAGAGCAAGGACCUCAGCUUUAUAUUUCUCAAGGAAGAUAAAACAAUCCGAAUCAUUCAAAGUGUUGUUUGCCAGUUCUGUUCUGAACCUAGCAGAGCUCAUAGCUCUGAGACCUGACCUGGAGAGACUUCGAAAGGUGCUAUACUUCCACGAAAAUCAGCUUGAAUACCCUGUACAGAAGCAACUUGAUAGAGACUUCCAAUAUGGUUACAACCAGAUUUUGUCAUGUUUGGUAGCAGAUGUGAUCUGCUUUAACUCAGAGUAUAAUAUGAAAUCGUUCCUUAGUAACAUUGUUCAUCACAUGAACAUAAUGCCUGACUACAGACCCAAGAGUCUUGUUGAGGAAAUCAAACCAAAGUGUAGGGUUCUAUAUUACCCAAUACUUUACCCAACAGACAUUCAGCGUGAAAUAGAGAUAUCUCAAGGACAAGGAAUGUGCACUGAGCAGGCUGAGGAGACACCUGAUCCUGUGUCAGACACUCAUUGUGACAAUAUAAGAGACACCCAUUGUGUUA